UUUGUGUUUUAGUGACGAAGUGUGCACUUUUUCUUUUUUGACGAAAUGUCCAGUUUGCAUGUGUCUUUUAUUUCAACUUUUUUUUCUUUUUCUAUUGUUAAUUUCGGAUUAUACUAUUUUUAAUUCUUGAUAUUAUGAGAAUUUCUAUUUUUUCUAAUUUUCAGUAUAAUCCAAAUAAAUUAAAAAAUUAUUUGAAAAAAUGACCCGUCGUGGUGUUGGCAAUCGUUGUAGUGAUGUUGUUCGUUAUGUUCUUUCCCAUUCUCCAACAGGCUCUAGUUGUGCUUGUCAACAACAAAAUUAUGUUUGUGAAGAUAUUGCUGUAUUUCUAGAUUUUGAGAAUUGUAUACCCAGUGAUCAGGAGCGACCUCUAUUUUUAGAGUUACAAUCAAUUCUUGAACAAUGUUUUGUUUGUAUUGAAUGUUUAUCUAGUUACGGUGCUGGGGCAACUGCUGAGCGUUCAAAAGCUCUCCAAGAAUAUGAGGAUUUAAAAGUUCAAGAACACGCUUUUAAAAUAAUUAAAGAACAUGUUCGUCGAAUUAGAUGUUAUUUUGAAUUAGCUCAACGAAUUGAACAGGUAAUCCCCAAUUUGUUAUGGGAAUUAUGUUCAGGCCCUCUACCUCCAGCAGAACACAUUGAAUCUGCCCAGGCUUUGUGCAAACAAUUUGCUCAUUUGAUUGAUUUUGUUUUUCAUUUUGACGCAAUUAAAAUGAAUACACCUUCCUUACAAAAUGAUUUUAGUUUUUACAAACGUGUUAUAACUCGUAGUGAACAAUCAGCACGAGAUUCUGAGGCAGAUUGCUCUUUAGAAUUGGCAGGUACAAUCAGCAUGUUUCUCGCUUCCCCAACCCCGAUGCUUCAUUCUUUGGCUAAAGCAACAACUGAAUUUGUUGAAAAUCAUCCAGAUUUGCCUACUUCAAAUACAACUGAAACUUUGGCUGUUGUUAUACAGAUUUUCCAUCACAAUUUACAAAACAAAGAAUUUUAUGAACGUUUUUCUGAUCACGAUCGAGAUUUAUUAAUGCGUGUUAUGGUUGGGGCUGUUGUUCUUUAUGACCAUAUUGAUUCGAAUGGGGCUUUUACUAGACAAUCACCAAUUGAUAUUCGGGGGGUUGUUGAUGUUAUUAAAUUACAUGGAAAUGAACAACAGAUAAAUCAAUUAAUGAAUGCUCUACGCUAUACUACAAAACAUUUGAAUGAUGCAGAUACCCCAAAAUCUAUUAAAGCCCAUUUUGUUUAA